GUAGUACGUUGCAGACGACCAGAAAAACGACGUUUACUGAAAUCAGAUCCGAGAGAGGAUUUCUCUCUUGUCUAUUCUUUGGAUUUUAAUCUAAAUCAAGCUCGUCAAAAUGUCCGGCGGUCACGCAGAUCCUCCAGGCUCGGAAAAACUCACUGGUCUGAGCAGAAUUUUCAACAGCCAGACUGGCUAUGGCCGAGCAAAUGUAGCCAAGGCUACAUAUGCCGCGGUUGGUCUCAUCAUCGUUUACCAAAUGUUGAAACCCAAGAAGGACAAGAAGUAGAGAACAUUUAACAAUGUUUAACCGAAAUCAUUGUAAAUUUUGGAAAUGAAUGAAACAUAGGAGAUAGUUUAGUGAAAUAUUAUUACAUAAUGCUUCACAGAGGCGCCAUUCAGUUACUACUAUUUCUUUUUUUAAGCAUGAAAAAGAUUGGUACAGAUGAUGGAUGAUCAAUAAAUUGUUGAAAUGAAAAGUGUAUUUCUUGAA